AUGGCCACAGCGACCGGUGCGUCGACCGAUCCUCUGCAGAUGGGUGAUGGAGGGAUGGGCGGUCGCCCCGCCGCGGCGGAUGGGAAACAUGGACAGCAGCCACGAGCAGACAGCACUGAGCGGGCGGCGGAGACGUUCCUCGGGCAUCAGGAAGCAACCAUCAACACUGUCAUAGAUGGUGAGAACCCGCGGCAGUACCAUGGUGGAGAUGGCUCUGCAGCUCUCGAGCGAAUUCUGCGGCGCCUUGCCAUGCCGCUCACGAGCUGUCUGAUCAAGAUCCCCAUCUUGCCCAUUCCCGCUCCGCUCCAUCUCGAGGUAAGAGAGAAGCAGCAGCAUUCGCUGACAGACCUCACAGAGCACGCUGGAUCCGGCUACACUCGGUCACCCUCUCUCGGUGCCCGCUCUCCUGACACCGCCUCCCCGGUGUUUCCAGAGCGAGCUAUUCGCCCUCUGCCUAAGAGCAGGCUCAAGUCAAAACUGUCUCCCGAGCAGGCAUCUACCAUCAUCUACCCUCCCGAUCCACCUCCCAUCUCGCCCACCCUGAGCUUCAGCGCGCAAGAGAAUGGCACGCCGGUUCAACAGCGCCGGCUAACGAACGGAGACGCACACCAUCAUCAUCAUCACCAUCAUGAGCACACUGAGCAUAGUCAUUGCACCUGCGGCGAGGAUGGCGAUAGCGGUGAAGAUGAGGUCGAGUUCGAUCAUCCUGACUAUCGCUACCCACUACCCACUUCGAACGGGGCGCCCGUGAAGCCUGUCGAUUCGUUACAACGGCGGCUUGUGGACGCUUCUCGCGCGGCGAACAAGCCUCCACCUCCUGGCUCCACCGCAUCAUCUGCAGAUGGGUAUGAGAGCUUCGAGAACACCAGCAACAAAAAGAAGAGGAAGAUCCCGCUCUCAGGAGCAUCUUCCAUGCACCAGAGCCAGCUGAGUGCAGAGAUGGCUAAUAUGGGCAUUAGCAACACGCACGCAGAUGGCGCGGCAGAUGAGCACGGUGUCAAUGGGAUUGCUAGUCCGGAAGAGCACGAUUACAGCGCACCGACACCGCCUGCAACAAGCUCAGCCUCCGGGACUGGCAUCAGCGGUGCAGGUCGUGGUCGCUUUGGCAAAUCGAGGAAUCGGCCAGCAAUUGGGAAUGGUACGUCCACAGACAAGUACGGAAAUGUCUACUCGCGUGCUCCAGCGCGGGGAGAUGCACGUACCAGUUCAGGUGAAUUCCAUGAAACAGGCCCACUUUGUGGCAGCUCAAGACACGUUCCGCUGACGUAAAUACCAAACACAGAUCCCAGCGCCGAACAUACAGGAGGCAUCAUCUCUCAAGCUAUCAAGACGGCCGCAGAGCAAGGUCCUCUAACUCCCGCGGGCAAAGGCCGGGACAACGUGAGCCUGCUGCAGUCAGCGACUAGCGCAAACAACUCCUCCACACCGAACAAGACGCAGUUUACCUUCACGUGCGAGUCCGAUUCUGCCACCAAGAUGGUCGAUCAGCAGGCUACUGCUGCACACCAGACGGGGACGCCCACUCCGGCGAGAAAUGCUGCUUCGCCGGCUGGAAAGCAUGCGCACGGAACCCAGACCACACCGACUCUUCGAAAUGGACAACAACCAACCCAUGCGACGCGUCCACCACCGCCGCCAUCGAAUGCGGGACCUCAGCAACAGGCACCACCGCCGCCAAAGCCGAAGCCGCGUCGGAACCCGACGAAAGAGUAUGCUUUGCAAGCUGCGCAGCGGAAGAGAAAUCAGCAGUACCAGAACUAUCACCAUCGCCCGAAGCCAGAAGACAUGUGGAUAUGUGAGUUUUGCGAGUAUGAGGACAUAUACGGAACUCCACCGCUCGCCAUGAUACGUCGGUACGAGAUUAAAGACCGGCAAGAGCGCAAGAAGGCGGCAGAAAAGCGCCGGCUUCUUGAGAAGGCGAAGAUGAAGGGACGGAAGAAUAAAAAGGGCGCUGGGAAGGGCGGCAAGAACAACAACAACAAUGCUCCGGCUCCUGCUACGCCGGUCCAUGCUCAGAACUACGACCCGAAUCUACCUCCCGCGGAUAGUGAAGAGUACUACGAUGACGAAGAAUAUGAUGGCGAUGAUUACGAUCCUGUCGGCACGGAUGAUCAAUACGAUGGUUGGGAGCCACCUCCCGCACCAGCUGGCACGCCAGCAAUACCUGCGGGAGGCGGUGGCCAGCGAAACCGAAACAGUGUAUAG